GGUGGGGGAGGAUUGGUAAAUCAAUUACUUUGCCUUUAGACUGUUAUAAUCUCUCUUAUGGUCAAAAGGCAAUGUCAGUGAGUUAACUUCCUAUGAAACUGGUCUAGUCACAGCUAAAGUUGGACUCAUGGUCACAUUUCCUGUAGCAUUUUUAUAGCGUAUUCAGUCAAGUGGAGGAAGCAGACGGUAAGAGAAGCAGUGCCUUGAAAUUAGUUGCUAGUUUAGCCAGUGCAUACGACCUACUCUAUUUCACGCCUUGCAGCUUGUGUAUAUUAAACAGCCGGGCUCAGUAUGUCUCUGACAGACACCAUCAAACUAUGGGAUGAAGGCAUUACUGCAGCAGACCGCCAGGAGUGGUUAACUGCCCUCAACCUGUUCACCACUAUACUCGAGCCCAGUUCCAAAAUCUGUUUCAACAUCGGCUGUCUGCAUCUCCUCCGGAGAGAAUGGAGCCAGGCUGAAAAGGCAUUUGAUAAAAGCAUCUGCAAGGAUGAGCAUUUGGCGGUUGCUUUCUAUCAACGCGGGAUAACUUUGUACAAAAAUGAAAAGUAUGAAGAGGCUUUGAGGGACUUUGUAGAAGCCCUUAACCGUCUGAGGGGGAAUCAGUUGAUUGACUACAACCAGUUGGGCCUCCGGUACAAGCUGUGCACUUGUCAAGUACUUCACAAUGUGGCGCUGGCACAUGCCACGAUGCAGAAUUGGGACAAAGCUGAAGAGGCUCUAAAGAAAGCUAUCACUUUUAAAACCGAGGCCAAGCCUAAUUAUGUGGAUCAAGCUCUGGAAUCUGCUUCGAAACGGGAGCUGUUUCAACUCUUGGAGCUCCCAGCAGGAGAACUCUUCAGACCAAAGAGGAAAAUAGUGGCCCAGCUGGAAAAGCAGGACUUCCUGGGAGAGGCCAAGGUGGUAGCAUCAAUCAUCGACAAAGAUGCAUUCUCUGGUUUCGCUCCCCUGCAGCCUCAGGCACCGGACCAUACUCCUGAAAAGAAAGCGCCAGAAAAAUUCAAGACACUGGAAGGUGUACCUCACCGGGUGUUGUUUAAUUUCCUCCCAAGUAACAAACAAGAGCUGGAGGUAAAGUGUGGAAAUAUAGUCUUCGUGCUGAAGAAAGGAGAGGACAACUGGGCCAGAGUUACAUUCAACAAUGAGAUUGGCUUGGUUCCCUAUAACUACUUGGAGCCACUGGAAGCUGAAAAGGUUGUGGGUGAAAAAUCCCCCCCUGCUGAUAUUCCAGCACCACCGACCGCAUCCGCUCCGGAAAGACCAGCCAUUGUUCAAGAUGAGAAUGUACACACCAAUACAAGCCAGCAGGUGACAGAAUCUUCAAAAAAGAACAAAGAUCACUCGGUGCCUGUACCUUCCAUUGUUAAAGUGCACUUCAAGUACACAGUAGCUAUACGUGUGAAACCAGGGCUGUCACAUAAUGAGCUGUUGGCUGUUAUCAGUAAGAAGUUUCAAAUACCUGAGGAAAGACUUGGAUUAAGUUACAAGUCACAAGACAGUGGGGAGCUCAUUCCCAUUACCAGUGAAGUGAAAAUGAAGAGUGCAUGGACUGAAGUCAGAAAUCAGCGUUUGACCAUUUGGUGCAAGUUUCUGAAGGUGGUGGCACUGUAUGAUUAUGAGGUCUCUGUGCCUGCUGAUCUGGGCUUUCAUGAAGGAGACAUCAUCCAAGUCUUAGCACACGUAAACAACAACUGGCUGGAAGGACAAUGCAAUGGAAAUACUGGCAUCUUCCCAGCAAAUUUUGUUAAAGAAUUAAGCAUGGCUGAUAUGAAGAAUUCAGGAAUGUAAAAGAAAUUUACUGUGUGCUGAUUUCUGAAAUGGUCCUUUUUCUCCUCUGGUGUUACUAGAAUGACUGUCUACAGAUGAGGUGUUUCAAUGCUUUGGAUUUUUAAAAUUGUUUUAUCUAAACACCGGUUUGUGCCUGGGUUCAUGACUGCUAUCAAAAAUAGAUUAAGAAAAAGCUAUUUUCUCUCAGGCCGUGUUUCAAGGCAAUGUCCCAAUAUUUGCGCCACUCAAAAUUGCACUGAUAUACAGUGUAGACUUUCUUGGACAACAACAUUUUAACUGCUGGAAACAUCCUGCUUUCCCAAAACUAUUGUUUUGAAUGCCUUUUGGUUAAUGUCUUAAUUAUGAACAAGGUACCUUUGUCCAAUUAUUUGAUUGCUCCACCGAUCAUUUUCUCAGGUGACUAAGGUUAUCUAUCAACAAUUUUUACUUUGGAUGAAUCAAAGCAAAUUCCAAAAUAUUACACACUAUAUCUUCAGUACCUUAAAUAAAUUUAAAGUUAAAAAAUUCAUAGGGGAUCAGAUUAAUUGUUUUACUUCUCACUCACCAGUGUUCAAUUGCUAUAUUUCUGUUUUUUUUUUAAAAAAAAAGACAUUUUUACAGCAUCACCUACCCUGACCUUUAAAUGACUGACUUCAUUUUGGCUAUUUGCCAAGACAGAUUACUGUGACUGAAAUUUCUAUUGGAGAAAUCCUACAAUUACACAGCUUUUCUGUUAGCUAGGAUAAAUAACAAAGCAUAUAGACACUGCAGGCCUGAACUGUAGAUUCUUAUGCAUUCUAUUUAUUGUCAGGUCCAUGUAGGUAUUGGAUAGUACACAUUUUAAACAACUGUAGUCUCUCAAUGUCCAGCUCAAGAAGAGGGAAUAAAUUGGCUGCUGGAAAGUCACCUGACUUUUGUAAUCACUAGAUUAUUCAAACUUCUUGAAAUUUCCAAAGUGGAUUAUAACAGACUCUUCUGAACAGCAACUUUUCUGUGGAAGUCCAUCCUUUCCACUGUCAAGGUUUACUCUAAAACAUAAGGACAAUAAACCCCAAGGACAAUAAACCCCCUCUGCCUGGGUAACAAAAAAAAGUGCUUGUCACCUUUUCUCAGUGAACAGCUUUUAUUUACCUUCUAUUUUAUAUCAAUGACUUUUUUGACAUCUGAUUGCAACUACUUUGUUUCCAUGAAAGAUAUCUUCCAUUAUGCAUUCAGGGGCACUCAUCAUGCAAUUGAAAUUACUUUGAUUAUGAAAUCCUUUUUAAUUAUGAAACAUUACCGGCUUUGAGGCUGCCUGCAAACUAACAUCAAGAAUUCAACUGCAGGAAAAAAGGCUGCAUCAUCCUGCCUUCUUCAAAAAUGUGGCUCAAAGCCUUUUCGAAGCCUCUUUGAACCUGUUUCAAGAACUCAGUUCACAUACAAAGCACCACAUCUUUUACAGAACUGUUAGCACCUGUCCUUCAUCCUGCUGAAUAAUAUUUUAUUUAAAAGGAACUCAAUAAAUUCAUCUGGAUUCUGACUGCAGCCAUCUGAUCUUAACUCCGAAGUGGGAAAGCUCCUUCCUUCACGAAUGAGAGUUGGUUUUAAUUUUUCAGAGGUGCACUCCUUGCUUUAAUGGUUGCAUUUGCUGCCACUACAAAAUAUAUUCUGCCACAGCACUGCUAAAGAACUUGCAGAUAGCUUCCUGUAUCAAAGAAUGGGGCCAACCAUACCAUUUUCAGUGUAAAAAUUUCUAACAAUUUCAGCACCAAUAAAGUGUAUUUUAAAAUUUU